AUGAAGUUCUUCAUCGAUGAUCUCCCGGUUCUUUUCCCUUACCCUCGUAUCUAUCCUGAGCAAUAUGCCUACAUGUGUGACCUCAAAAGAACCCUUGACGCAGGUGGCCAUUGCGUCUUGGAAAUGCCCUCAGGCACAGGAAAGACUGUUUCUCUCCUAUCACUCAUUGUGGCUUAUCAACAGCAUUAUCCCGAACACCGAAAACUCAUCUACUGUUCCAGAACAAUGUCUGAGAUCGAAAAAGCCCUGGCUGAGCUGCAAGCACUGAUGAAAUACCGAUCCGAUCAAUUGGGUGUGGUCGAGGACUUCCGUGGACUCGGCCUGACUAGUCGCAAGAACCUGUGCCUUCAUCCUUCGGUCAAGCGCGAGAAGAGCGGUGCUGUGGUUGAUGCCCGAUGCCGCAGUCUGACCGCAGGCUUUGUAAAGGAGAAAAAAGAGCGUGGUGAGGAAGUCGACAUCUGCAUUUACCAUGACAAUCUCGAUCUCCUUGAACCACACAACCUCCUCCCUCCUGGUGUUUUUACCCUCGAUGACCUCCUCCGUUACGGCGAAGACCACAAGCAGUGCCCUUACUUUUCCGCCAGAAGAAUGAUGCCCUAUUGCAAUGUCAUAAUCUACUCCUACCACUACCUGCUCGAUCCCAAAAUUGCCGACCGAGUCUCCAAAGAACUGUCCAAAGACUGCAUCGUCGUCUUUGACGAAGCCCAUAAUAUUGACAAUGUCUGCAUCGAGUCCCUUUCCAUUGAUCUGACCGAAGAUUCCCUGCGAAAAGCCACACGUGGUGCCAACAAUCUAGAGCGUAAGAUCGAAGACAUGAAAGCAUCAGAUGAAGAAAAGUUGCAAAGUGAAUACCAGAAAUUGGUCGAGGGUCUGCGAGAAGCCGACGAAGCUCGUGCUGAAGAUGCCUUCAUGGCCAAUCCCACGCUUCCAGACGAUCUGCUCAAAGAAGCCGUUCCAGGCAACAUUCGCCGUGCAGAGCAUUUCGUCGCCUUCUUGAAACGUUUUAUCGAGUACCUCAAAACUCGUAUGAAGGUCUUAUACGUCAUCCAAGAAACUCCUCCCUCCUUUCUCUCUCACCUGAAAGAGUUGACUUUCAUUGAAAGAAAACCUUUGCGCUUUUGUGCAGAAAGACUGACCUCCUUGGUUCGAACAUUGGAACUUACAAAUAUUGAAGACUAUCAGCCGCUUCAAGAGGUUGCUACUUUUGCGACACUAGUUGCUACAUACGAGACGGGCUUUUUAUUGAUCUUGGAACCCUUUGAGACCGAGCAGGCAACAGUGCCAAACCCCAUUCUCCAUUUUGCCUGUCUCGACGCUUCAAUUGCCAUCAAACCCGUCUUUGAACGAUUCUCCUCCGUUAUCAUCACAUCCGGAACCAUCUCUCCACUCGAAAUGUACCCAAAAAUGCUCAACUUCACCACCGUCACUCAAGAAUCAUAUCCAAUGUCCUUGGUCCGACGGUCUUUCCUCCCCAUGAUUGUCACACGAGGCUCUGAUCAGCAGACAAUAACAUCUGGCUUCCAAUCUCGAUCAGAUCCUGGUGUGGUUCGCAACUAUGGUGCACUUUUGUUUGAGUUCGCAAAAAUAACCCCAGACGGCAUCGUUGUGUUCUUUCCCUCAUAUCUCUAUAUGGAAAUGAUUAUCAGCAUGUGGCAGGGGAUGGGCAUCCUGGACCAAAUCUGGACCUACAAAUUGCUCCUGGUCGAAACACCCGAUGCCCAAGAGACCAGUCUCGCUCUGGAGACCUAUCGCACCGCUUGCGAGAACGGUAAAGGUGCCAUUCUUCUUUGUGUCGCCCGUGGAAAGGUAUCUGAAGGCAUCGAUUUCGACCAUCAUUUCGGACGGACUGUACUUUGUAUGGGUGCACCAUUCCAAUACACUGAGUCUCGGAUCCUCAAGGCCAGGUUGGAGUUCUUGAGAGAAAACUAUCGAAUCAAAGAGCAAGACUUCCUCUCCUUUGAUGCCAUGAGGCACGCUGCCCAAUGCUUGGGCCGAGUGUUGAGAGGCAAGGACGACUACGGGAUCAUGGUGUUGGCUGAUCGACGUUUCCAAAAGAAGCGAACACAGCUCCCUCGCUGGAUUGCGGAGGAAAUCCUCGAUGGUCAAACUGGACUGAGCACAGAUGCUGCAGUCGGUAUGGCCAAGAAAUUUUUGAGAGGCAUUGCUCAACCCUUGAACACAAAUCAAAAGGCCUCAGAUGGCUCCACGAAAGGCAAAGACAGCUGGGAUUUGAGAGAACUAGAGAGAUUUCAGCGUGACCAAAAGGCCAGUCGGGGAGAAGGUGACAUGGGACGAUCAGAUGCGAGAAUGCACGACUAUAUGCAAAGCAAUGCUGGACCUUCACCACAUGGAACCAAUGGUGCUAAUGGACAUGCAAUUGCCAAUGAUGAAUUUGAUGACGACAUUGCGGAUGAGGAGCUGCUACUCGCAGAACGCAUGGAUAUUGGUUGA